AUGAUUGAAAAUCUCUCCGAUGGUGAGGACCUUGGCAUCCAGUUGCCUGCCCAGUGGCUGUGGGACAUCCUGGAUGAGUUCGUGUACCACUACCAGACCUAUAGCACCUACUGCCACAAGACCGCCAAGAUGCAGAAGGAGAAGGAGGUGAAGGAGUUGAGGGACAAUCCCGGAAUCUUUGAGACCACCAAGGUGUUGAAUUACCUGCACCAGUUGGUGCGCUUCUCCUUGAUCGAAGAGUGGUUAGCCGACCCCGAGGGUGGCAACGGUCAAGGCGGAAAGAUUUUUUUCGUUGACGAGUCCACACGACUCAUCGGCUACUUCGCCCUGAUGCAAUUGCUGCGAAUGCACAGUUUGUUGGGCGACUACCGCCUUGCCAUGGAAACCAUCGAGAGCAUCGACUUCAGGGCUGAGGUGCCACUCUUCUAUCGCAUUCCCGCGUGCCACGUGACCGUCUUCUACUACCUGGGCUUCGCGUACAUGAUGAUGCGCAGAUAUGUGGACGCCUCGCGCACCUUCCAAGACAUCUUGGUCUUCCUGUCGAAGAUCAGCGCAGUGAACUCCCUGUCUUAUCAGUAUGAUCAGAUGCUGAAGAAGCAGGACCAGAUGUACGUCCUGCUGCUGAUCUGCAACGCGCUGUGCCCGCAGCCUUUGGAUGAGUCCCUGGAGAAGCCCAUCCGCGAGAAGCACGCAGACAAGCAGAUGUAUCUUCAGCAGGGCGUGGAAGGAUACUUCGAGGACUGGUUCUCGUACGCGUGUCCAAAGUUUGUGGCCGCAUCCAUGCCGGAUUUGGAGAAUUUAGACAACUUCAACGCAAACGAAGCGCAUCAGCGGCAGCUGCACCUCUUCUUGCAGGAGGUGAGACAGCAGCAGGCGCUUCCGACCAUUGGAUCCUAUAUGAAGCUCUACACCUCCUUGCAGACCUCCAAGUGCAACCUGGAAGACAUCCACUGCGGCAUUUGGUCAAACAGCGCGUCACGCAGCGGCGGAGAUUUCUCCGGUGUCCGGGCCAUGGAAGUCUUGGUCGAGGCGGCCAGUGAGGUGCCACAAGGCUGUUUCGUGGCGGUGCGACUUGGAGAAAAUCUCAAGCAGCGUCGCUUCAACAAGUCCACCGCGAAGUACUACUUCCCCCUGCCGCAGGAGAAGGGCAAGGCGCGUAUCGAUGUGUACCAAUUGGUGGGUACCUGCUCAGUUCCCGUGGAUCCAGCUGCGAAUGGGACUGAGGAGGUCAACGCUAUUUCAGGGGACUCCAGUGAUAUCGUCAAGUUGCGGGUAAGCACCUGCAACCGCGACCUGAAGCCCGAGGACGCGGCCAAGCAACGCCGCGAGAUCGAGGCUGAGACGAAGGACGCGGCCACGGGAUAUUUGCAAAAGCACGGCAUCGAAGAGAAGCUCGCGGAAUGUCUUCGCACCAUGCUGAGGAUGAAACCUGAAGACCCGGUGGAGUUUAUGUGCAAGUUCUUGAGGGGUGGAGAACCAGAGGAGCCACCACCAGCGGCGGUACAAGUACCGCCAGUGGCGCCUGCGGCGCCCACGGCGCCAGAGAUCGUGGAGGAAACGAAGCCAGCUGCUCCGCCGGCUCCGGCUGUGGAGGAAAACCGUCCUCAAGUGAAGCCGGAAGCGCCAGCGGAGAAGGCAGUGACUGUGGAAAGCCCCAAACCCGUGGAGUCGCAGUCAGAGGCCCCGGUGCAGCAAGUGCGCAGCAGCCCCGCAGCGCGCGCAGCGCUCAUGAACUCGGUGCGCCAAGGGGAUCUCAUUAGCGCCCUAGAGGAGGAGGACACCAUGAAUGUGCCCUUUGCAUUGAGGCCGUCGGUGGGAACCUGGUUGAUGCCUCUGAGUGUUGAGAAGGAUCCAGGCCAUUCCGAAGCACCACCUUUGACCUAUCGCCGUGGCUCCACCGAGGUGGUUCCGGAGGUGGCAGUUGGAAACUGGCUCUGUGCACAGAAUAGCAGCUUCAACUUGAAGGGCUUAGGCAAGACGCCCACCGAGUGUUGUGAAGUGGAGCGACUUCUGACCAAGGCCUUGAUGGAGAUGGAUGGCGAGCUGCAAGGGGAUUACUUUGCCAUGGGCACAACUCAUCCAUUGAGUCCAGGAGGUUUGGGCAGCACUGAGAAGGCUGCCUUGGAAUCCAAGAAGCUGAUGCUAGGAGCUUUCCGGCCGAUGCUUGGCGUGACUGACUUGUGGUUCCUGGGAGCCUUGUUGGUCGGGGUUGGUGGAGAGGGUGUGCAAUUUGACGACUUCCUCCUUGGUGCUGAAAAAGGAGCAGUUCAACCUCAAGAGUUCCAUGCAGGGCAGGCACCCCUGGCUCUAGAAAAACUGAAGCGUGAAUUCGAAGAGGUCUAUACUGGCAUGGUUAUAGCUUAA